AUGUCUAAUUUUCAAGAAUUGCAAGCUGAGAAAUCUAGUUGGAAUCUAGCUUCUGAUGAAAAGCUCUUUGAAAAGCUUAAAUUCAUGCAAGAAAAUGUAGUAGGCAGUGCUCACUUGAUUCACAACUCUAUGAGUGAACUGUCUAGGGCCAUUAAUGCCGCACAUACUACCUUGUAUAAUUCUAUCAAUGCUUUUAAUGCAAUAAACUUUAAUAAGUUCAUUGAGAAUGUAGUUGAAGAUGCUAGUGAAUCACAAGGAUAACCUUAAGAGGAUCACGAACCGCCAGCAAGUAUGUUUGGAGAUGUGAGAGGUGAAGAUGAAAAAUUGGGAUUUGCAUUAGAGUUAGCAUUCAAUGAGUUAUCUAAGGAUAAAUCUGAGGGAAAGGACGAGGAGCAGACCUUAGCAGAGACUUAAAAUAAAGAUAUUAGAAAAAGAGGGUAUUUAGGAACUCAUGCGAUGAUCAAGCUUCCCUAUGUGAUUGGGACACCUGAAUAUAAUAGGCAUCCCUAUGCAGGAAUUGUUUACAUGGGAAAUCUAGGAGAUGAUUUAGAAUAGGUUGAUUUGCACAAGGAAGAGUAAGAUUAGUUGGAGCAAGAUAAGAUGCAGGAGAAAGAAGCGCUAUAAAAGAAUGCUGAUGAAUAAGCUAAGCUAGAGGAAAUGAGAAUAGCACAAUAAGCUUACUUUGAUCAAAUACAAAUUAGCUAAAAUGCUCCACCUGCUCCUCCAGGAAUAAGAAAUAUUCCCCCACCACCUCCACCUCCUCCUAAUAUGAAUAUGGGAUCCAUUCCCCCACCUCCCGGAAUGAAGCCUCCUCAAACUGGAAUAUUACCUCCUCCCAGUGGUCCUCCUCCACCCCCAGGAAAUAUGCUACCACCAGGUGGGAUUCCUCCUCCAUUAACACUACCACCUCCACCCUUUGGUAUGACCCCUCUCCCAAGAGGCGGAAUUCCUCCUCCACCAGGAAUGGGGCCAGUUAAGACAGGUAUUGUUCCCCCGCCACCUCCACUUCCAACAGCAAAUAUUUCCUUGAAAGCUCCUGACACUCAAGCAACUCAAGAGUCGUAGCCAGAAUAGUAGAAAAUUGAUCCAAGUAAAAACAAUAACUUUGCUCCUUCAAUUUUCUCACUUAUGGCAGGAAACCAACAAAAGUCAACUCCAUAAAUCCAAUAAAAUAUACCUCCUCCAAAUAUGAACAACACUGUGCCACCGCCAAAUAUGAUGCCACCACCGAACAACAUUCCACCUCCUAAUAUGAUGAUACCACCUCCCAAUAUGAUGAUUCCACCACCUUAGUAGAAUAGAUAAACGGUUGAAGAUGAAGAUCCAUAUGGCUCUAAAUCUUUGUUUAAGAGCGGUGGCGGUGGAUGGAGAGAAGCUAGGAAAAAGAAUGGAAUAUUUGGAGAGGAAGAUGAUGAACCUAGUUUCUAGCAAGAGUCAAAUAACGUCCCUACUCAAUAGAGAUCUAAACCAAUAGUCUCAAAUGCUUUAUUUGGAGAAACCAACCUAAAAGAAGAUGACACUAAGGGUUAAACUAAGACUAAACUUAACAGUAUCUUUGAUUAUGAAGAUUCAGACGAAGAACAGAAGGCUACUAUGACUUAGCAAAUUGAAUAAAAUACAAAUAAAAAACCAGCUUAGACUAUGAAACAAGGUUUAUUUAGAAUAGAAGAGGAUGAUGAUGAGGAUAAUCAUCUUUCAUUUCCUUCAUAAAAGUAAUAGCCAUACUAAACCGCUGCUACAUAGAAAAAGAUGCCAGCAUUCUUGGAUGAUGAUGAAGAUGAUGAUGCUGAUUUUAUACCAAAGAUGAAACCACCUAUUCUUAACUAAUAGAAGUCUAUGCCACCUCCACCUGUUACUUAACUGCAAAGUAAUACUUUUACUCCCCCACCUCUCCCUGUGGUAAAGUAAAAUAAUAUGCCACCACCUCUUCCUGUUUAGAAAAAGCAGACAUUCUGGAAUGAUGAAGAUGAAGACGACGAAGAUGGUGGCUUUUUAGCAAAGAAAUAGCCAGUUGUUAAUAAAUAAUAGUCAAUGCUUCCACCACCAAGUUAAUAGAAAUAAGCAAAUAAAUUGUUUAAUGAUGAGGAGGAUGAAGAAGAUGAUACUUUUUUCAAGCCUAAACCAUAGAUGAAGGCGCCAUAAGGUCAAUAACAACUGCCACCUCCACCCAUUAUUAAACAAGAGCCAGUAGUUUAAUAAUAGCUUCCGCCUCCACCAAUAAUUCAAUAGCAACCCAUAUAAUAAUUCUAACCUCCUUAUUAGCAAAAGCCAAAUUUAUUCGAUGAUUCAAUGAAUCAAUCUAUGAUUUCAGACAGUGGAAAUAAACAAAGAAACCCUUCAAUGCUUACUGGCUAGUAGUAAACUGCAAAUGAAAGCAAUUUGCAAUAUGAUCAUAAUAAAGACAGGAGAACUACUGAGAAUAACAUUAAGAGUGAUAACGAUGAUAGGCGCAGUUCUGCUAUUUCCCAAGGAGGAACUUCUGUUAAAGAUCUUGCAAAGAACAUGAAUUUCGGAUUCUUGGGCAUGAGUAGAGAUCAAAUGCUUUUAGAGAAAAAGAAGAAGGAAGAAGAGGAAAUUCAGAGGAGAAGAGAGCAAGAGGAAAGAGAAUAUGAAGAGAGAGAAAGAUAAAAGUAAGAAGAUGAAAUGAUGAGACAAUCUAGGACAUAAUCAAUGAUCAGUACUACAAAUAAGCCGUAUCAAAAUCAGUAAUAGACUAAUGUAGCUGAUGAUAACUAUGGGAACAAUAACUACAAUAAUCAAGGCUAUGAUAACAACUAUAAUGAUAACUAUCAAGGAUAUGAUAACAAUUACAACAACCAAAAUAACUAUGACAAUACUAACUAUAAUAACUAUGACAAUAAUUAUAAUAAUUAAGGCUAUGACAAUAACUACUACAAUAAUUAAGGGUAUGACAAUAAUUACUAUGGUGACAACAAUAAUAAUAAUUAUUACAAUGACGGCUAGUAUAAUGAUACCAACUACAACAACAAUUAUGACUAGAAUAACUAUGGUAAUGAUAACUAUGGGCAGCCUAGAAAUUCAACUGGUAAUAACUUUAACAGUAAUUUCCCCAGAUAAUCUACGGGAAAUACUUAUCUACAAAAUAGACAAUCAAAUGCUCCAAAUAAUAACAACAUUCCUCCUCCAAUAGUUAACAAUAAUGAUAAUUUGAAGAAUCUUACAUCAAAUACUCACUUCGAUCAUGAAGAGCAAUUCAGUAAGCCUGUUGUGCAGAAGAAACCUCCUUCAAAGUAGGUAGCAUUCUUCGGUGAUUCAGAUGAGGAUGAUAAGAGCGAUGCAACUUCAUUCAUUAAACCUCCAGUUCAGUAAUAGCAGACUUACCAAUAGCCCCCACCACCAAUUCAAUAGCAGAAAGUGGAGACUAAUACAUUUGGAAAUUUCGCUCCCUCUAAUCAGAACUUUGCUCCAGCCAAACAGUCAGUUCAAAAGAAAAAGAAGAAGAUGUAAAGUAAAUUCGGAGGUUCAUCUGACGAAGACAAUGAAUCAAGUGAUGAUGACGAUGAUGAUGACGCCCCACCAGUCAAGUAGCAACAAAUUUAGCCACCUUAAAUAAAGUAAUAGCCUCCUCCACUUCCUUCAUUCACAAUGAAACAAGAUGUGAUGCCACCACCAAUCUAUCAACCACCUCCUCCCAUAAUCUAGCAACAGUAAAAGUAGUAAUUCUAGCCUCCUCCACAAUAAAUGCAGCAGAAAAAGGCAGGAGGGUUUUUCAAUGAGGAAGACGAUGAAGAUGAAGAUGGCUUUAACUUCAGACCUCAAAGCAAGCCACUUCCAGUUAUAGGUACCAAGUAAGCCGCUCCAAUCUAGCAGUAGAAGCUUCCUGUACAAGAUACAAACACUAAAGCUAAGUUUAGCAAACUCUUCGAGGAUGAGGACGAGGAUGAUGACUAUUGA